AUGCUCUCAUUGACAAUUCCCAAGGUCAGCCUCACAUUAUCGACUCCCCCUGCCCUCCAUGCAUCCGAGGGGCAAGGUAGACAGCGCCAUCACCAGACAGACUCUCAGAUUCAAGCAGCCCAGGUCGCGCAGCUGACAGCUCCACCGCCUGUUCAUGCUAACCUCCGCGAGAGUACCAUGACGGAAUUCGAAGAGGAUGGCUCUGGGCACCCAUCACUGGUGGGCCGAGGUUUCUCACAGGUCUGGCGACCUCCGUCGUCAAACCCACAGUCUGCAACGACAUAUUAUGUCGCCGACACAUACGGCAAUUGGAUUCUAGGAAACCCAAAAUCGAAGGCCCAAGCUGCCGAGCUUGCUGAAUUAGAGGCACCAACACCAUUGACUGCAUCCACCAGCGGAAAGACGUUCAAAUUGGCGGCUGUGAAUGCAUCUCUAGCUUCACAGGUCGGCAUUGGGCACGGCGCCGGGAGUCCAGUGGCCCCUUCGGCACCCAAGGGACCUGCGCUACCCACGAGCUUGGGUUUGCUUCCACCAGCACACAUCAAGUCGGCUCAAGAUGUGCUGCCGGCUCGCCCCCUGACUGUCUGGCCCGGGACCGGACCAGAGCAGAAUGCCCAAGCCCAGAGUCUGCCUGGUCACCAAAUACCUCCCAUGAGCUUCUCCCACCCGGAACCGCCGCGCCGCAGGAGUAACAGCCUCAGUCAAAGCCGUUCACACCGGAAAGGAGUCAGCCAGGACGGCACUGACCACCACGAUUCCUACAAGUCUCAGCAAUCAGCUACAACCAUUUCCAGCUCGAGCGGAGGCUUCGAUGGAGACGAUGGUACUGCACCCGAGCCGGGCAGCCUCUCUCCCGUGGUCGAAUCGCCAUACUCGGGUGUUGGGCGAUCCCCAGUCUCCUACCCCGAGAUUCCUGGACGGUUGAACAGGUCAAAUCUGCAAGUCAAUCCGCCGCCCGUUAGGCCUAUGUAUGCAUCUCCACCCGGCCAGCCUAGUCCGACGCUCGGCCUGAUGCAGCCGGCCGCUGGAGCAGCAUCCAGAGGUCCGAACGAGAUGGCAAGUCAGGUUGUGCCCUCUCGGCAUCCCGACCGAAAGAAGCUUGUGCCAUCGCCAGGCGGGCUGUUGUCGCUGCCCCGUCCUGAUCCAUCACAAUUCAGAACAGGCUCGCCGACGUUGCGUAUGGUACCGCCAUCCCGCUCGCCGUCGUCCUCGCCGCAUCCGCAACCACUACGCCUUCAGCGGCCGCAACCGCAGAGGGCCGACGUCCCGUUGCAGCAGGCACAGGCCGCCAGGAUAUACGAGACAGAGGGGCCGACAGAUCCGCAACUGGUCCAUCAGGUCCACCGCGCGCUCUGGGCGCCCGAGAACACGACCGCCUACCGUGCGCCUUGGGACGACGACGGCCCCGCGCCGUCGGCGCCCACGACGCACCACGACCAGCACCAGUACCACUGGCACCCGCAGCAGCACCUGCAGCAGCAGCAGCAGCAGCAGCAGAGGCCUGGUCUCCCGCGGCCGAAUCGCUCUGACGGAUCCUCUUCGUGCUCCUCGUUUUCUUCUCUCGCCACCAAGCGUCUGGGCAGCGAGCGCGCGGCCGGCCUGGCUCUGCAGAGCGACGAGUUGGCGGCAGGCAGCCGGUGGCGCCGCAACAACCGCGACGGCGAGCAGGAGAACACCAACACCUUCUCCCGAGACGAGCAGUCGCUGCAGCCCCCGACGACCCCUGGAUGGCACCCUACGCUUACCCCGACCAGGAGGGGUGAUGAUCUAUUCCUUGACGUACGGUAG